AUGAUCGUUGAACGCUUCCGGACUGUCUACAGUCCAUCCCAGGAACUUUCAAUUGAUGAAUCCCUCCUUCUUUGGAAAGGACGCCUGAACUUCAAACAGUUCAUAAGGACCAAACGAUCCAGAUACGGGGUGAAGUUCUUUGAGCUUUGUACGUCAAAGGGUGUGAUGCUGGAUCUAAUUGUCUACGUCGGGGCUAAUUCUCUGCCACCACAGCCACCAGAGAUAGCGGAACUGAACGUAUCUGAACAGAUUGUCGAACAUCUCAUGCGGAAUUAUCAGAACAAAGGACACAACUUGUUCAUAGAUAAUUACUAUUCAUCUCCAUCAUUGGCUACCUUUCUGAGCGAUAGAGAUACAUCCGUCUGUGGGACAAUCCAUACCAACAGGAAGAAUUUCCCUCGUGAGCUCGUCAAUCUUCAGGUUGAGAAGAAUACCUCCACGUUUUACAAAUGCGUGGACAAGGAAUGCCUUGUUGUAAAGUUCAGAGCUCAUCAAGACAAAGCCGAUGGAAAACAAAAGAUCGUCCAUUUGCUCACGACCAAGUACGAGGCAACGGUAAGCCCUACGGGUAAGAUAAUGGCUGAUGGCACUCCCGUGAUGAAACCUUCAUGUGUCCUUGCGUACAAUCGCUUUAUGGGUGGAGUCGAUAUGGUCGACCAACAGUUGCAUUAUUACCAGGUCAUUCGAAGGUCCAUGAAAUGGUACAAGAAGGUUGCUAUGAGGUUAUUGAUGCAGUGUCUCUUGAACAGUCAUCGUUUGUACCAGCUAGGAGGCGGGAAAAGGGAUUUCCUCAACUUCAUCCGCGACGUACUGAACGCAAUAUUGACCCCAGCACGUAAACAACGAGGUGCAGCCGUCGGAGACGCCCUCACCAGACUUACUGGACGCCACUUCCCAAUGAAGAGGCCACCACAGGGAAACAGAGCACGUCCAGCCAAGAGGUGCGUGGUCUGCUACGCCCGGAAGGACUUCCUCCCCAACGGAAGAGCAAAGGAGACUUCUUAUAUCUGCAAGUCAUGCCCAACUCAGCCAGGCCUCCAUAUUGACAACUGUUUCGAGGCGUACCACACAAAACUAGACUACAGAAGAGAUGAACCUGCAAAUCCUCCAGCCGAUGCCGCUGAUGGAGGUGCUGACUAG